UAAAUGCUGGGCAGAUUUGGAUAAGUCAGCAAGCAAAUCUCAGAAGUGACUGGAGUAAUGAGUAUGUGUUGAAUGAUCAUAUUGUUUGAUUUUGCUUUUCAUGGAGUUAUGUUCUUUUAGAGAAAGUUUAUGUUCCGUAGAAACUGGGAAAGAUUCUAAUUAAUGGAGUAGAAUAGUCUUUGGAGCUGUAAAUGUGUGUCUUACGCAGGUGCCAUAAACUUUAGGUAUUUUCUUGAUUUGCUUAGGCAUGAAUAUACCAAUAGCUGGUGUAAGCUUUAGUUCAGCCUUUGGACCCUAGCUACCAGCCAUUUGUCCUGCUGCUCUUUGAGCUGUGGUGGAUAUUCUGGCUAAACAUAAAAAAGACCCUACUGAAUUUUAGGAAAUAAAAAGCUUUAUUUAAAAAAAAAGCUGAAAUUAAAGCUUUAUUACCUCCUUUCAUGCCUUUCUCUACCCAGGGUGUUACAGGAAUGUGUUGCUGUAGGCCCCAUUUUCAGGACAGCCACAGCAGAAUUCCCCAUUUCUCCCUUUGGCUCUUUGCAGUGUUGCUUAUGUUGUUGGCUGCUCUGCUGAGCCCUUUACGUAACCUUCUCCCGCCCUGUGCUUGCUCUCACCUGGCAGAACUGGCCAAGCUUUCGGGUGUCUGCCUUGCAGUUCCUCCUGUUCUUAUGCACACACAGCAGUUUGCAAUGGAUGGCCCUCUCCAUCACACCUAGAAAAAUACACCUCUGAGGGAAUUUUGUAGAGCAUGAGUUUUAAUGUCAAAUGGAUUCAAUGUGGACAGGAUUAAGCAUGUAAAAACAAAAUACUGCAUGGUUGUAGAGUGGCAAAAAGCAGCCAAGAAGGGCUUAACACUUAUUGUAGGGAGUCUGAAAGGUGCCUGUUAUUACUCUUGAUCUUUAGUUUUUUUGAUUCAGCUCUUCAGCUUGCUCUAAGAUCAUGAAAAAAAAAGAAGAAAGAAACUUGACCUUGACCUCAAGAAUACAGCUUGACCCCAGUGUUACUUCUUUUCUUGUUCUCAUAAUACCUUCCUUAUAUUGAAGGAAAGUUUUAACAGCCAAAUCACCUGACCCCAGAGCAGAAGGGAGCUUAGCCUAGUGAGUGCCACACAUAAUUUUUAUUCUUUUGAAGGGAAAAAAAUGCCUCCUGGUAGGCAGCCAGCAAGUGAAGUCAGGUGGAAUUUGCCUUGACUUGAUUAUAAUGUGCUUUGUCCCUUUGUUGAUGUCAUCUCAACUAUAUGCUGUUGCCACCUUCUUAUCCGACCACUUUCUGUCAUAAAGCUCAGUAGGGAAAAUAAACUGAGGCCAAAACAACAUAUGGAAGUGUCUUGGCAAGAUUUGGCUGGUCGUUUGAAGUGUUUCUCUUUUUUUCUGUGGGUAGGAGAUGAAGUCAGAGCUGUGUUGUUUCAUAUAUAAGGAUUAUUAUUUUUAGACCAGCGGCAGUUCUUAGCCUCUGCAUGUAAUCUGCUCAGACAGAGCCACUCAAGGCAGCAGGGUUUGCAUGAACUGUCUGCGGGGCUCAGUCACUGAUGUUGAGUAUAACUUGAGUUUUGGAGGUGUGAAUGCUCAGAGCACUGAACUGUGUGGUAAUUUAAAGCUCAACAUCUCAUGGUCAUCUGUGUCAAGGUCUUUUAGGCAUGGCAGAUUUGUGAUAAAAGCUUUUCGUAAAACCAGAUCACAAGGUAUGCAGUUGUUAGUCUGCUGAUGUUUGGUGUCAAUUGGGGGAGAUCCAGGGCUGUCCUACUGACUGUGACCAAAGUGCCCCUGGGUUGGAGAGGGCAUGUAUUGCAGACAGGAAUCUCUGUAUGCUCCCAGCAGCCAGGGACAGUGCAUUUAGAGGGAAUCUUGGUACAUUUAAAGGUUAUCAGGGCCCAUUCUGAAAAACACCAGCCGAACCACGUGCGUUUGGUGCUGCCAGUGGGAGGGUUUGCCUAGGAUGUCGUCCCUCAGCUAUACAUAGCAAACUCAAAGCUCCUUACAGAGAAACCUCUUACCAGUCACUUUCCACAAAUGGUGCCUAUACCUAAAGGUACUUAGUGAAAAUCCUUGAGAGGUAUUUAAUGCAAAAGCAGUUAGACUGUCUGGUGUUUUUCAGAAGCCCUCUGACACACCUCUAGCAGGGAGAAGUGCAGGGCAGCUACAGCACAGCACUUGGGCCAGUUAUUCAUUUUGUCUGAAACAGGCUCUGCCACCCCAAGGGCUUGCCAAGAUGUGUGACAUGGGGGGGCUCGACAACCUGAUUGCCAACACUGCCUACCUCCAGGCAAGGAAGAGUGGAGAAGGAGAUGCCAAGGAAAUGCAAAAGAGGCGUAAGAGCCUCUCGCUGCCCAAGGUUGAGCAGUGCAAAGAGCACAGAGAGUCCAUUGUUGCUGAUUAUGACAGCAUCUGUGAACAGCAGCCCAUUGGCAAGAAAUUCUUCCGAGACUUUUUAGAGACAGUGCCAGAAUAUUUGGUAGGUAGGAACUUCCUGGAUGAGAUAGCAAGCUGGGAGUUGGCAGAGGACAAUCUCAAGAACAGCAUCAUGGAAGAUAUUGUCAACAAUUUUCUUAAGGAAGGCGGCAAAAACUAUCUGUCUUUCAUGAGCUCUGACUUGGUCAGCAAAUGCCAAGCAGCUACUGCAAAAGACUAUGAGAAUAUCAUGCAGCUGGCCAGGGAGGAAACCAAACUCUUCUUUAAAGACAAGCCCUUCAAGGACUUCCAGACCAGCCCCUUUUAUGACAAAUUUAUCCAAUGGAAAGUGUUUGAGAAGCGACCAGUAACUGAGAAAUACUUCUCCGAGUUCCGAGUGCUGGGCAAAGGUGGCUUUGGAGAGGUUUGUGCCAUCCAGGUCAAAAAUACUGGCAAGAUGUAUGCCUGCAAGAAACUGGAUAAGAAAAGGUUGAAAAAGAAAAGUGGAGAGAAGAUGGCACUGCUGGAGAAAGAGAUCCUGGAGAAGGUCAACAGCCCUUUCAUAGUCACACUAGCUUACGCCUAUGAGACCAAAACCCAUCUAUGUCUUGUUAUGAGCCUCAUGAAUGGAGGGGAUCUGAAGUAUCACAUCUACAAUGUGGGAGAAAGGGGUUUGGAAAUGAAAAGGAUCAUCUAUUACUCAGCUCAGAUCACCUGUGGGAUUCUGCAUCUCCAUUCCAUCAAAAUUGUGUACCAGGAUAUGAAACCGGAGAAUGUCCUCCUGGAUGAUAAUGGGAAUUGCAGACUGUCUGAUCUUGGAUUGGCAGUGCAAGUCAAAGAGGGAAAAAGCAUCACUCAGAGGGCUGGGACAAAUGGUUACAUGGCUCCGGAAAUCCUGAAGGAAGAGGACUACAGCUAUCCCGUGGACUGGUUUGCUAUGGGGUGUACUAUUUAUGAGAUGGUUGCUGGGCGAACACCAUUCAAGGAUUACAAAGAAAAGGUCAGUAAGGAUGAGGUUAGAAGAAGAACUCUGGAAGAUGAGGUGAAAUUUGAACAUGCCAGCUUUACAGCGGAAGCGAAAGAGAUUUGCCAGCUGUUUUUGGCUAAGAAAAAAGAGGACCGUUUAGGAAGCAGGAAUGAAGACGAUGACCCAAGAAAACACAGCUUCUUCAAAACAAUAAAUUUCCACAGGCUAGAGGCAAGCCUUAUUGACCCUCCAUUUGUGCCAGAUCCAUCAGUUGUCUAUGCCAAAGACGUUGCAGACAUUGCUGACUUCUCUGAAAUACGAGGAAUUGAGUUUGAUGACAAAGACAAGAAGUUCUUCAAAAAGUUUGCAACGGGUGCUGUCCCUAUACCCUGGCAGGAAGAAAUCAUUGAAACUGGACUGUUUGACGAACUGAAUGAUCCCAACAGAGUAGUUUCUGGAGGUUAUGCAAACGGAGGGGAAGCUAAAUCGGGAGUUUGUUUGUUGUUGUAAUUAUAUCAUUACCAAAAAGUAUAGAAACCACCUCAGAACUUUCCAUAUUCUGACUCUAUUUCAGAAACUCAGUACACCUGUUUGAGAAGAACCAGCCAGUGUAAUGUGACAUUGACAGGCUAUGUAGUACCACCAGCUGAAUAGACUGUAUUAUUUUCCUUUGCUCUAAGGAAGGAGACAUUUUUGUGUUAUUGGAGAUGUAUCAAAUGAAGAACCAUAUUUCUUCAAGAAGCUUAGAAUAGAAAUUCUGAAAUACAACAAGCAAUGAUAGAGUGAAGAGGCAAUAGCUUUGAAAAUGACUGAUUACUGUUUUGAAUACAAUGAUUUGUUGGUUUUGUCUCUUUUUUCUUGUUAUUUCUACUAACAUUUCCUCUUUGUUCUACAGUUUUCAGGAAGGAUUUUUUAAUUUUCAAGUAAUCUUGGACAGUGGAGCUCAUAUACCAUGUCAAACUUGGAAUCUUAUUGGUUAGCCAGUCUGUCAAAUUCUAUUAGGUUUUGGGUGGUUUAUUUUAAUAUGUUCAAAUUGUCAUAAGAUAUAAAGAAAUAUCUACAUAUCACUUGGAAAUAAGAACAACAGGAUCAAACUCUUUUCAAAUGUGAUUUUAAGAUUUGAAGAUAAGAUAGCACCAAUUUAAUUGAAUAAAGCAUUUAUUUACUAUUAUUAAGUGUAUUCUUUUAAGUGAUAAUACCAUAUACAAAGAAAAUGUAUUUGUAAGUAAAUAGACAUUCUUUUUGGCAAUUUUAAACUUAUAUCAGAUUUCCUGAUAAUUUUUCUGUAUUUUGGUGAUAAAUUAAGAUACAGAUAGACCAAAGCAAUUCGUAAUUGACUUUUUACAAGGCAUUCAGCGUAAGAUUUUAAUUCAAGUUGCAAAAUGCAUUAUACUAUUAAGUGCUGUAAUGAUGAAAAGGUUAUGUAUGCAAGUUGAAACUAUCUUCAAAUGUUUGUUGAUUCUUGCAAAUUUUGAUGUGUUUUUAUUUUUCAAUUUUAUGACAACCUAAAUUGAAUUACUUGGGAAUAUUGCUAUGAAUACUUGCUACUGAUGAAGUGUAUUACUCAUGAGAUGCCUCCUGCUGAUUUUCUGUGGUAAGAAAAUAGGCAGUUGUUCUUUGCACAACUUUUAAAACUGAUCCUGCACAUGCUGGUCAGUGUCAUCUAUCCAGCCAUAAUUUCCAUUGACUGAAGUGGAAGUUGAAACUACUUCAUUCCUUGGAGUCCUGGAGGUUGCAAAUGCCCUCUUUUCUGUUUUUCAUACAGCAAACCUCCUACUGAACUCAAGGAUUUCUUUUAACUAGACACAGGGGUUAACUCACACAUCUGUUUUAGAAGAGGAAAACCUGUAGAUACAAUGUCUUCUAUAGUCAGGUCUGUCAUGUGCAGCACAGAGCGUUGGUAUUUAUUUAUAACCUAAUAGCACAUCCCAAACUCUUAAGUUUUAAAUACUUUAAGUGUUUUAGUCACAGCUAAGUAAUUAAUUGGUAAUACUUUGUGUUGUUCUGAGUAGAAAAAUAAUUGCUCUUUUUUUCUUUUAAAUUUGCUUUUCCAGUGCUUUAUAUACUUAAUAUUCAAGUGAAAAAUCAAGAAGAACAGUGUUACUUAGGAUUAGGGGGUAAUUCUGUUCAUGAAUUAUGAGCAUAAAAUUGUCUGCCUUUUGAGUGAAGACUUUGUAUCAAAUAGUUUGAAACAAUAUAAGCUGAAUUCUGACUUGGUCUUUUAAUUGAGAAGGAUGAUCCUGAAAGAUUAUGAAAAGCAGAGGAAGUUGAGAGGAGAGUGAUGUGGUCCUGGCAUGGAUUUACGAAAGUGCUUCCACCACUGACAUCCAUUGAUUUUAUUUCUCAUUGCUCCUACCUGCAGAAAGCUCUCACAGUGGUAGUGAAUAUAAUAGGCUAGUAUAUUUAAGAAACCAAGACAGAAAACUUUUUUAUAUAUAUUAUAUAUUGUGUAAAUAUUAUAAUGUUUUUUUAAACCCACAAAACACAAAAUGACACAAAAAACAUAGCCACCACCUUAUUACAGCUAGGAGAGACCUGUUAGUGCUAGUGGCCUCAAACUUUUGUCCUGAAUUGAUGCACCUCAAAUCCAUAGAAAUGCUAUUUCAAAAAUCCUCCAGAACCAUAAAGCAGUACUCUGAAAUGGCUGUAGGUUUUCCAGUGCAUAACUGAGUUUUGAGUUCCCAUUUGGAAAGAGGUUAUGUACAGACAGAACCAGAAUUUAAUGUCUUGUUAAAAUCACAUAUUCCCUGUGAUAUCAGGUGUUGCAAGGCUGCAUUUUUCAAAAUGUAUUGCGAUACUGAGAUCUGUGAAUUUGGGAUGCCAUGUGUGCAUAGAAUUAGGGUAUUUAGUUUUAGAAAUGUUGUAGUGUCAUUAAUCUCAGCAGGAUGUGCAUCAGUGAGAUCCGUAAUGUUAAGUGUAUCAUGAAUCAUUCAGAGUAACUCAUCAGAAGUCUGAUAAUGCACAGUUUGGCACAGUGUAUGACAGAGAAGAAUGUAUUAGCUUGAAGUAUUCAUUAAUUUUCUAAAAUUCUCUUUUCACAACAUGAACAACUUCUCUUUGUGCUGUGGAGAGGGAGCAGAACAAAGAUUAUUUCAUUUUCAGUGAGUCUUUUAAAAAUUAUUUUCAAUUUUUUUUAAGGAGUCUGUGAAAUCCUUGGUUCUUUUCUUCUUCCUGCCACUGUAAAGUUCCUUGUUAAACUUUCAGGAGCAAAGUUAUUUUAACAACCUGCUUCACCUUAACAAAAAGCCAGCAAUCCCGAAAGAUUUACAUGUUCAAUGAAUUGUCUUACUGCAACCAAAGAUGGUGCUCAUGUGGGUAAAUUUGAAUGUAUAUGCAAGUGCUGCAAGAGCAGGGCCCAAGUCUAAAGUAUUGACCAGGUCAUUGGAUGUUUAUGAUAGAAAAUGAGGGAUGACUUGGGGGAGGAAAAUAACCUUGUGGUUGUGGAUUACUUGAGUUGUUGUGGCAAAAGGAAAUUUUGUAAUUUGAAACUACAAUUUUUUUCUUCUAGUUGUCUCCCUUUUUCAUGCUUUGCCAAUGUUGUGGUGUCUCACUUGGCUGCCUCCUUUUUCCAGCAGAUAAGAUGCAUUUGAGUGCUAAUAUAAUCUAAAAAACUAAAUUGUGAACUCUGUUGCAUUAAGUGCAAUCUGUGAAAGGUUACAGAGUUGCCCUGGCCACUCUGCAGGCAUUGUACGGACAGUGCUGUCUUUCCUGCCCUGUUUUAUUCAGUCCGGCUAUUGGAACUGUUUGGUAAUUCUAACUGUAGAAGGCUGAAAUGUGAGAUUCGUGGUGGCUUGAUGUGUUCUUAUAAGAACAUCAUUUAAAGUUUGGUGACACUGAAGAAAGGUUGCUGGCUCUGAGAGGGUAUAAAAGAAAGACCUUUCCCUUACAUCUCAAGUCCAGAUUUUCUUUGAUACUACCUCUGUUACCCUUACCAUUGCUCCCCUAAUUUCACUGAGCACAGAGACAAAAUGAUGUUUGGUAUUAAUAUUAACCUAAUGAAAUCGUUGUUCACAGAGAUUACUUCUCAGUGGUACUGAGUACCUUCAGUUGUUUCAUGGCAAAGGCUCAUGUAGUCAAUAAAUGCCUUGUGUUGCAGCAAGAAGUUCACUUUUAUAUUCCAAUAUGAAAUAGAUUUAGUAAUAGGAAAUUUAGUGUGCAAAUUCCUGGCUAUCAGUUGCAUCUUUAUUAGGGAAGGCAACUUUACAUUAAGCUAAGAACAUCAUAACUUGAGACAGUUAUUUCUUCAACCAUAAACAAAUGCCAAUACAGAAAGCAAAACAAAAGUAAGAUGAGAUCUCUACUUAGAGCAGAUGUCUGAAAUUGUACAGUUGUAGUUACAAACUGAUGCAUGGUUUUAUAUAUUUUUAAUAUCGGCAUUUUUUUUAGAAAUGAAAUGCUUAUAAGUGUAUUUAAAAUAUUGUUGCUUUUACAGCUUUUAAUGAUAUAUAUGUAACAUUUUUCUGAUCUGAAUAUCCACAUCAAUGAUGAGAAUAAGUAAGUAUGCUCAUGUUAUUUACCUUAAAAAGUGUAAAUUGCUUCUUUGAUGUUAUGACAAUAAUUUUUAUCUUUUUAUCAUUAGUUUUUUAAUACCAAAACAUUUAAUCUCUUUCUGCUGUAAUGAAUUUUAAAACAAGUAUUUUUAUUAUAUACAGUGUUUUUUUCUCCAUGAUAGGAUUUAAAUUAAGGUCUUCGCAACUAUGGUUCAUAGCACCAUAGAAGCACUGAAAAUCCUACCAGUUCUGGGACUUCUGCUAAAAGCAAAGCAUAUAUUUUUCCCGAGUGACAAACACAUCAAGUUUGAAAUCUACAGGUGGAAGAAGGUACUGGUACUUUGCAGUAUGAGACUUGACACAUGUAAUGUUGUGGGUAAAGGUCCCCUGUGAUCAGUGCAGCUCAGGGAGUGCAUUUGGAACUUUGUGUCACAACAGCCUUGGGGAGCUGCACAGGCAUAGUGAGGAGUGCACGGACAGAAAAUGAAAACCAACUUAAGUAAGCACAUGACAUUUUAUGAUUAGGCACUACAUCAUUGCAGCAAGUAACACUCAAUCUAGUAUUUAAUUUUAAAAGUAUAUACCAAAAGAGUAAUGUUUCUUAGGAAAUAAUUGCUUGGUAUUUCUCUUGAGUUUCAUUUAUAUAAUAACUGUCUGAACCUGAGCAGAGCUAGUAUAAAAUUCUUACCAGUUAGCCCUUUUCCUUAGGGAGGGGAAAUCUUUUUGGCAUCUCUUGCCUAGAAAAGAGCAAGAGUAAGAACGCAGGGGGUGUCAAUGUGUCUCUUGGAAUACAAGUACCUUUAUCCAUGGGAAAACAUGCCUGGUGAUGUCUGUAGGUAGCACCCUUCUCCUGAGUUCCUUUCCUUUUAUACGGCAUAGCAGAUGGUCCUUAUAUACCCCACUCAUGUCUCCUUUCCUGUCACCUCCAGAAAACUGGCACAGUUCUGAAUGAAGCCAUUUCAGUUUUCAGGGAAACUUACUGUUACUUUUGUAUCUUGGACAGGCAAAAGGUGCCAUAAACAACAGCUUUCAACACCAUUUAGCGUUGACCCUAAGUGGUGAAAGGCUUUCGUGGUGAAAAACAUGGGAAAAAAACCCUGUGAGUCUCUUUGAAAGGGCUUCUGGAUAUGUUAGGUCUAUUCCUUUCCUUCUGACAAUUUCGGGGCAGCUGCAGUGGUUAAUUCCUCCCUUUCCUGUUGACCAAGUGCAAACACAAUCUGGUUAUUUUAUCCUAUUUAUGCUCUUUAUCCAUGCUUUUCAAUGUCUGAGUUUUGUUAGUUGGCCAGUUCUUCCAAGUGUUUUGUUUUCUGGUUAACAUACACUGAUAUGGUGCUAUUGCAGUGUUUGGUAGAAUGACUUACGAAGAAAGAAAACUUUCAUUUUUCUUCUGUACACAAGCAUUAGUUGAAGUUAAACAUAACUAAUGAAUUCUGAUGUGUUUUAUCAGUUGUGCUUUACCAAACUUACAUGUUGGCCUGUACAGUUCAUUGAAGUUCUUCUGACAGUUACAUUUUACAGAGUGGAAAGAUACAGUGAGGCUGAACGACAUACUGUGUACAUGUCCUUAUGAUGGGAGUUCCUCAUGAUGAAUGUUUCCAUGAUUCAUGUUUUUAUAAAGAAUGCCAAAGGGAUGACUAUGGAUAUAUCACUUGUCAUAACUUGUAGUUCAGUUAACAAUAGUGAAGUAACUGUUUAAAAAAACAGCUAUUGUACAGGAAUGUUGAGUUAUGUUUGCUUUGCAAGAUUUCAAGCAAGCAUGACAUGGGAUGUGCUAGACAUGUCUCGUGACUUUUGAAUCGCUGGGGUAAAAGGGCUACUGCAAGUAAGAGCAGAUUUGUUAAUCACUCCUGUAUGCAAACAUUCCUACAGCAAUACAUUCUGUUCCCACUGCACACCCUUUGGGCAGCAGUGGAAGCUUUCUUUAACUCCACUGCUAGUCUAUAGUGCCUAGUGCUCAGUCUGUGCAAAUCCAUUGAUGGAACUACAAAGAGGGAAAUGGUUCCCAUAUCUUGGGCUUCUCAGAGGACGUAGAGCAGAGCACAGCACUGCAGUGAUAUGAGGGCUUGAGCCUGCUGCUGGCAUCACCAGCGUGGAAGGCAGAAGUGGUUUUGGGAGUAUGAAAGUGGGCAGAAGGAAGUCCGGUUUCAUAAUGCAUGGAGUCAGUUCAGUCCCACUGUUAGGAAUGGCUUCUCUAGAUCAAGUGACAGUAGAGCUAUUUUUUGAUAGAAAAUAGAAAUGGAUGAUUGGAGUGGAACCAAUGAGAGAAUGUCUGCAACAGUACCAAACAGGAAGGAAGGCUCUAAAGUGUUCCUGUUUGUGCAUUUCCUUGUAGGAAGGAAUUAAAUUCAUAGUAAGAAGUAUGGAUAAUUAUUAUCAUUAUCAGUAAUAAUAACACCAGGAUCAUAAAGAAGAACUGCUAGUACCAAUUACCAAUUUAGCCUGUUAUUGUGCAAUAACUGGAGAGAGGCCUGAUUUACAAACAAGGCAAAAGAAUUGUGCUUCUAUUUCUGAAACAUACUACCUUAAACAAUGAAUACCAUGAACACUGUCUUGUUCAUGACAACAGGAUGUCAUGAACAAGAGGAGGAAACUCUCUGGUGAACUCGUACAGGACAAGUUGACACUAAUCUCAAAUAUGGCAUCUGGCUUCUAAAUCUGUUUUAUUCUAUCUUAAUUAUGCAAGAACUAUGAAUCUGAUUUGACAACAAUCAUUAGGCGCAGGUUUUUUCUGAAGAACAGAGGAAUUUUUCCUUUCUGUUCUUUACAAGAUUUUAUCCCUUCCUCCAGGCUAACUUCUAUCCUAUUCCCUAUUAGGACAUUAUUCAUUGAUGCAACUUUGCAAACAGAUAAGAGGCUAUUUUUGACCCCAAAACUGUGAUGAAGUUGGUAAAAACAGAGCUACCUUGAGAAGAUAAUGAUACAUCAGUAAUAACCUGGUGUUCAAAAAGAAGAGAAAUAUGCAAUCAACGUAUAUUGAAAAUUAGGCUGUAGUUUAAGGAGUAUUUUCUUAAACAAAAAGGAGAUAUUUUAACUCAUAUCGGUUCCUUAGUAAAACUACUGUCCAUGUCUGUAAAUAAACUGUAUCACUGUUGCAGGCUAUUUUAAUCAGCAUUGACAUAGAAAUAUUCAUCCUGAUAUUAAGUAAGGUUUGAAGAGACCAAUUUAAAUAUCUUGCUGCACAGAGUGAAGGCAAAGACUUAGUUCUGGAUAUUUGACUAAGACAGCUAAGCAGUGCUGCCAACAGUAUGUACAAGUAUGUAAACUUUUGGUUUCCCAUGCUUAGUGAAAGUGAGAAAUGAUAGUGCCAAAAUCUGGAACCUACCAUCAAACUAAUGAGCUGUCAGAGCACACUUGCAUGAAAAAUUUCAAGUUUAAGGUAUUGCAUUAGAAAGGAUGUACUCUCUGAGAGGCUGUUAGAAGGUGGAAUGAUUAUACAGUUAUGCAUCUAUUGAUACUCAGAUCUGGUUUUAUUUUACAAAUAGUAAAAGCAGAAACAUUCUUGGUACUUUUGGAAGAAAUGUGGGAAGCUGUGCUCUGUAGUUGUAUUGCUCAACUGCAUCUUUUUAUCAAGUACAGAAGAAGAAAUCAGAAAAUGUGCUCUUACUAAAUUGUAAGGGUACUUUGUAUGCUGCUUAAAAUAAUCUGAUAAUGAUAUAUUGUCUGAUAUGACCUAAGAAUUUUCAUGCUUUCAUUUUAGUAUAAGACAUCCCAUAAUGAGAGUUCUACUCUGUUAAAUCAAGAAAUGGAUAAAUGUUCGAAUACUGGUUUUCCAAAAUUCCACCCCCCGAGGUGAUUUUUCUCAUUUCUGCUGCUCACAUUUUUGCUCCUCUCCCCAUCUUUCUGCGUCAAUAGUAAAUCAAAAUGUUAUAUUAUUUUUGUUGUGAAUGAAAAUGUGGUGACAGAUCCUGGAUGAAAAGUCCUAUAAUUCAUUAAUUCAUAACCCUAAUCCAGGAUCUACUACCCAUGAAAACCAAAACUGAGUAUGUACUCUUAUAUUUGGUCUUUCAAAAGGCUCCUAAGUUACCUCAGUUCCAGGCAGGGAAAGGAAUAAAGAAAUGGAUAAUCUCUUCAGAAUUUUACAUAUGCUUUAUUCAGAGAAUAGUGGAUCAAGUGUUUUAAACAAAGAAAGGAAGGAAACUUUUAUUUCUUGCCAAGAGAUUGAAACCUCCUGAUCUUUUGCCAAGCUAGUUUAUUUUGCUGCCAACAGUUUCCUCACCUUAAACAGCUCCUAUUAAUCUGUAAAGCUAACAGCAGUGAAGGAAACAGGCUCUGCAGAAUGGCAACACUGUAAGAAUCUGCUCUAGUUCAUGUAGGGACAGAUUCACUUUAAAAUUUUGGUAUGUAUUUGAAAGCACAGACAGUUCUAGGCAGGGGGUGGGUGACCUCAGAUGAUUCCUAACCAGAUUUUACUUUUUUCUCCAAGUGCAUGAAAGUUACUGGCUUUGUAAAUGUUGAUCUCUUACUGCACAGGAAUUAUUUAACUGCUUUUGCUAUUGAAUAAAAUAUGACCCUGAUUUUCAGGA